UAAUAUUUGAUGUUUCGUUGUCGACCAUAAACUACGAACUUUAACUUUUAUACUUGUUUUCCCAUGGCAUCUUCAGUGUGAGUGUCGCCGUUUCAGGCUCGAUGAAUAAGUACACCGAUUGAGCAUGAUGCGUUGAAUAUUCUCUAUGUACACGUGACUCUCUGCUCCUCAAUACAAACUCAACGGAAUCAUGAAGUUCCACCUCCUGACCGCCUACACCGACGACGGUUAUCGCGAGGUUGGCGACCUGUGCGCCGAGGUGAACGAGAAGUAUGCGGCGUAUUGGAAUUAUGCGUCCUUCACCGCCGUGGUUAAGUCUAAGGAGGAAAUGAUGCAGGUAGUCGGCUCCCGCGGCCACCCAACCUGGUACAAGGUGCAUUUAUUUCGGGAGUGGCUAAGGGAUGAGGCUAGGAAGGUUUCUGUCUCCGAUGAUAGAAUCGAGCAGGACCAGGAGUACGAAUACCUCGUGUGGCUGGACGCGGACGCUGUGGUGGUAGAUUUCCAGAAGUCAUUGGAAAAAAUCGUACAAAACGCAGACCACAAGGACCUCAUUAUCGCCGAGGACAUGCACUCGGGUAACUUGGUGAAUUGUGGCGUGAUUCUGAUAAAAAACUCCGACUGGAGCCGGAACUUGUGGGACCGCGUUUGGAAACUGCAGCGAACGGUCCAAAGUAACCGGAGAAAAAGAGAGGUGGUUCUUGUUGAAGAAGAGGAGCCAGCACAGGUGCCUGUUUCAGAAAACACAACUAAGGAAAACGAUGUUGAACAAAAUAAAGAGUACUACAACAAGCCUUUCUACGAACAGACUGCAUUGCAGAAAGUGCUGAAGUCACUGGGGCAGUUUGCGACUUUUUUCACUGGCGACAACAUGGAAGACGUUUUGUUGAAGACGUCGAGCACAGCUACGAGGAGAAUUUUGGGCGAGGAAAUGCAUGAAGGAGUGGAGGUAGUAGAUUCGGCCACUGUUCAUCUUGGAGACGAAGUUGAGCAGCAGCCCGUGAUCAUAUCGUCCACGUCGACCCAGAAACGAAGACAGAAGUGGGACGGCUGGCACUCUUUUCACCAACCGGGGAACAUCCUCAAAGACGUUUCUGUACCAGAGGAUGAUGCUUAUAAUUUUUCCGGUCGUACGAACAGCACUGGUACCUGUACAACCACAGAUCAUUUGGUGGACCAGCAGCAUUUGAACUUGAAGCACUUCGCAAACGUGUGUAUCUAUCCGAUUCACAAGCUGAACAGUAACAUCACGGACGACGCCUUGAGGCUGCUCCAGGAGAACAAACAGCCGAGAGGGACGUCCUUCCGCAUGAACGGGAACAAGAGAAACUACCACAGGAGAACCGAGUUCAUCUUUCACGCCGCCGGGGCGAACAAGAAAAAACCGCUAAUAGAAGGCAUGCUCAAGGCACGCAGAACGCUUGAUGAUGUUCUUCUUCACGGGGAGAAUUUUUCGACGGUGAAUCAUGAGCAGGCAUUGAUGAACGCCGUCGCAUAGUGGUACUAACGUAACAUAUCUGCUUCGCUGUUGAGCGACUUUCUAUCUGAAGAAGCGACACCUGACAAACAUAACAUGUUCACAUCAAGACAAUACGCCGCGUGUGCUAGUACCU